CCUGAGAGAGGAGGGCUGAUUCGCCAAGACACGCCCAGUCUCAGCGGGUGUCCAGCCUCAGGUGCUGCACCCAGCGAUGCGCUGCCACAGACUGGCCGUGGGUCUGGGGUUCUGCCUGCUGGUGGGCACUGCCCUCUGCGCUCUGUGGGUGUAUGUCGAGAACUGGCUGCCGGUCUCCUACAUCCCCUAUUAUCUCCCCUGCCCAGAGAUCUUCAACAUGAAGCUGCAGUACAAGGGGGAGAAGCCGUUCCAGCCCGUGGCACAGUCACAGUACCCUCAGCCCAAGCUGCUGGAGCAGAGGCGCACAGAGCUGCUGACGCUGACGCCCUGGCUGGCGCCCAUCGUCUCCGAGGGAACCUUCAACCCAGAGCUUCUGCGGCACAUCUACCAGCCCCUGAACCUGACCAUCGGGCUCACAGCGUUCGCCGUGGGGAAGUACACCCGCUUUGUCAAGCACUUCCUGGAGUCGGCUGAGCGGUUCUUCAUGCAUGGUUACCGGGUAUGCUAUUACGUCUUCACCGACGAUCCCACAGCCAUUCCCCGGGUCCCGCUGGCCCCCGGCCGCCUCCUCAGCAUCAUCCCCAUCCAGAGGCACUCCCGCUGGGAGGAGAUCUCCACGCGCCGGAUGGAGACCAUCAGCCAGCACAUUGCCGAGAGGGCGCACCGGGAAGUGGACUACCUCUUCUGCGUCAAUGUGGACAUGGUGUUCCGGAACCCGUGGGGCCCUGAGACCUUGGGAGACCUGGUGGCUGCCAUUCACCCACGCUACUAUGCUGUCCCCCGCCAGCAGUUCCCCUACGAGCGCAGGCAUGUUUCCACCGCCUUCGUGGCAGACGGUGAGGGGGACUUCUAUUAUGGUGGGGCAGUCUUUGGGGGGCGGGUGGCCAGGGUGUAUGAGUUUACCAGGGGCUGCCACAUGGCCAUCCUGGCAGACAAGGCCAACGGCAUCAUGGCAGCCUGGCAGGAGGAGAGCCACCUGAACCGCCGCUUCAUCUCGCACAAGCCCUCUAAAGUGCUGUCCCCAGAGUACCUCUGGGACGACAGGAAGCCCCAGCCAGCCAUCCUGAAGCUGAUCCGCUUUUCUACUUUGGACAAAGACACCAACCGGCUGAAGAGGUGACAUCAGAGCCAGGGCUGCCAUGGAUGGGGCCAGCUCUGCACCCAGCUCGCCCCAGAGGAGCACCCAGCUCGCCCUGGAGGAGCACCCAGCUCACCCCAGUGGAGCCACCUUGCACCUGUGCCUGACUUCUCAAGCCUUAGCUGAGACCAGCCCUGUCCUGCCUACCUCGCAGUCUGCCAGGAGAAUCCACCCAGAAAAAAGAUGUGGAAAGGCCAUUGUAAACUGUAAAGGGCUGUGCCCACAGGAGAACAGAGGUCACACAGCAGUGUGGCCCAAGAAGGGUAGGACAGGAGGGGAGACUGGAGGUUGAAGAUGGCAGGCUUUCCCCAGCAGAUGUGCCUUCGGGGCAGGCCCUGGAGUCAGCCCUACUCAGUGCCUGAAAGUCCACCUCUGCCCCUUUUGUCACCUCUUGUCCUUAAACUUGCACUUCUGACAUCUAGGUAUGAAAGGCAUCCCGGCCCCCUUUUCCCCGGCUGUGGGGCUCCCGGGUGCUGUGACGUCCCCCAGCCACAUGGAGCCAAUGCCUCACUCAGGACCCUGGAGCGAGCCUUUGAAAUGGACCCGCUCUAGGCUCUCUCUGGUUUCAAGUCCAGCCUGCACCCCACAGAGGACCACGCUCCCGGGCACUAGCCGCCUCCUUUGUCAGAGGGUUGGGGCGGUUUCCAAUAAAGGUGGCACGUGCUAGGCCCUA